GGAAGAGGACGAAGACGAAGACGAAGACGAAGAAGAAGACCAAACACCAGAUCACAGCAGAAAAAUCGAUACAGAGAAGCGACCGAGGCCGGCGGCGAGCGCGAAGCAGAUGGAGAAGGGCAAGGGAGUGAUGGGGAUGGGGAGGCGGUGGGCGGUCGACUUCACCGACAACUCCACCUCUCCCGCCUCCCGCGACAUCCCCGAUCCUCUCGGUUUCUCUCGCGCCUCCCUCGAUCAGGAUGAUUCUGCGGUCACUCGACAGAAGAAGGACGCUGAGGCUAAUUGGAAAUCUCAGAAAGCGUGGGAGGUGGCGCAAGCCCCGUUCAAGAAUUUGAUGAUGAUGGGGUUCAUGAUGUGGAUGUCUGGAAGCACUGUCCAUCUCUUUAGCAUCGGUAUCACGUUUUCGGCCCUUUGGCAGCCGAUAAGUGCUCUUCAGGGAGUUGGGAAGGUUUUUGAGCCAUACAAGGACAAUAGGGUUGAACUUCUUGCGCCAAAGUUACUCUAUAUAGCCCUUAAUCUGGGAGGUUUAGCACUUGGUGUUUGGAAGCUUAAUACACUUGGCCUACUUCCUACACAUGCAUCAGAUUGGGUCUCAUCCUUACCUCCAGCACAGGAGGUGGAAUACUCAGGUGGGGGCAUGCCUCUACAUUAACGCAACAGUGUCUACAAUUUCAAGACCGAUCUCCAAGUACGAGAGGGAGUGCUGGAAUGAAUUUUUCUCCGUUACCCAUUUCGUUAUCCUUGGAUCCGUCGCUGGUGGCGGAGUGGUUCAGUCUCGGUUGAUCAUCUACCAAGGUCUUGUCAGCAUCGCUGUAGCUGUCGAGUAAAUUAGUCGGAUGGUUACUGAUGCUAAAUUUAGUUCCCCAGUCAAUGCUACUCUUGCAUUCAACCGUUUCAUCUAUUAUCAUCACUCUUAAGACUGCUUUUCUGUUAGAAUGGUUGAACUCUGAUCGGGACUUGUGUCAUUACUGUAGUUUCUUAAGCAUCCAUCAGAUUCUGAUUUCCUAAUAUGACAGAUGAUUGAUCUUAUAGUAA